UUGAUAAGUACGACAUUCCCAGCUGUAACAGGACACCAGGACCAUGACAACGUGGGUGCCACUGUCUUGCGAGACACCGCCACCGCCGCCAAGAUUCAAAUCAAUUUAUUUUUCUUUUUUUUUUUUAAAGACAGAAACGCGACCUACAAACUUUCACUUCUAGAAGCAGAAGUAUGAUUACAAAAGUUACUCGUUUCAGAUUCAGUCUUGGAGAUUUAUAUUUCAAAUAAAUGAAAAUUGUCAUUUGAUAUUUUCUUUCCGUUUUUUUAUAGUACGUCAAUAGCGCGAAUAAAUCAAGAAAAUCUCGAGCGUCUUUCUAAACGUGUAAAAGACGUCCCGGAACGUUUUAGAUGCUAGGAUGCUGAUUUAGAUUAGAAAAACAAACUUGUAGUUUUGAUAGUUAGCUUUGCUACACUCUGUGGUUUUAUAUUAGCUAAAAGGACUUAAAGAAUUCAAGUAAUUGUUUGUAACAUACGGUAGUUCUACAAUGCGUCACUGGAAUGUCAUUAAAUCAAUUUUAGUUCUACUUUUGGCUGUUCUUGCAUUGGUCAACUGCUGCACGUGUCCGUCAUGUAACCAAAAGAAUGAAGUCCAGCGAUGUCAGUGUUGUGUAUACCGCCAGCUUGGGAAGAGGUCCAGCAAUGCGAAUGACCUGUACCGGUACGCUAGAUCUCCGAUAAACUCUGGUGAUGACAAGUUCCUGUACGAAAACCUGCCCGACGACAUGGACCUUUUCUUGAAUGCACUAGACAUCGGAUUAUCAGACAGGAAGAAACACCCGAUCUUGUAGCCUGGUACCUCUAAAAAGAGUGUUAGCUUUAAAAGGCAGGGAAAGGAAGCCCAUCCAACUGACAUACUCAAACCCGUCCAAGGAGUUAUUAUUUGGAAAUACAUAUGUCAGAUUUCUUAGGCGAUAAAUAUAAUAUGAGAUUUUACUAGCAAUGCAAUUAUGUUCAGCUUUCCAUUAAAAAUUA